UCCGUUGUGGAGCACGUAAACAAAGCGAGCUCCGCCUCUGUGGAGACCUGCUGGAGGAGACAUGACCAAACUGGAGCUCUUGAACACGUUCCUGAACGACAGGCUGACCGCGGCCGCCGGGGAGAUUUUCCGCGCCGUUAAAGCCGCGGUGGCCGAGUACCAGAGUGAGCUCCUCCGCUCCAGGGAGGAGAACGAGCGGCUCCGGAGGCUGCUGGACUCCGCCGUCCAGCAGCUCCUGCAGGCAGGUGAGGAGCAGCAGCUAGUGGCGGAGCCGCCACAGACACCCAGUCCAGAGCCAUCCCUGUCCCAAGAACACAGUCCGUUCUCUGACUCCAACCGGAAAGGCAGCGUGGAGCUGCUGUCGCAAGCCGAAGAAAAUGGAAAACGAAGGAGCGUCCAAACUGAUGGUUCACCAGAAGAACGAGUGUCCAAGGAGGGAAACUGUAGUGGUGUUCAGCAGCAGCGGUCACAAGCUUUGCCUGACUCUGGUGGCUCUUUACCUUCACCAACAUCUGUGCAGAUAAAAAAAGAAAAUGCUGAAGAUGAAAAUGAGAAGAGGCAGCAGCCUGUCACGGUUACAUCGGACUGCAGAGCAGCUCAGAGCUUUUCUCCUUCCUUCACUUCAAAAAGUCACAAACCUUUCAAACCUGACCACCAGGGGAUGGAGCUCCUGUGCUCCAACAGUAAACCCAACACACACUCGCUCACAAUCAAGAAUGUAAGAUCCCUCAAGAGGCCUCUUUCUCGCCUCUCCCACCCAAACCAGAGCAUGCAGAGGUGGCACAGCUGCAAGGAGUGUGGCAAAGGCUUCAGCUUCGCCUGCCAGCUGGAGGUACACAUGCGCUGGCACACCAAGGAGAAGCCGUACAGCUGUACGGUGUGCAGGAAGAGCUUCACCACAGUCAGCAUGCUGAAGAGGCAUCACCGCAUCCACACCGGAGAAAAACCCUUCCGCUGCCGUGUUUGUGGGAAGUGUUUCAACCAGUCUGCACACCUCAACACCCACUUCAGGCUCCACACCAGAGAGAAAGCCAGUUGGAGCUGAGUGACAGCAGAACCAGACUCACUCGUAAACUGAAAACUACCUGGAUACCACACCCAGACAUAUAUUUCCAUUGUGUUAUUGUUCUUGUAGAAGUGUGACUUAAGCUUCCAUGAAUGUUUCUUACAGGGACACAGCAGACCCAGUCUGAUGGGAGUCAGUGUGCUGAAACCACUCAGACAUCAUAUAAAAACAUCAGCAAGAAUAUUCAUAUGAAUAUUGAUUGUUGCAUGAACAACAUCGUAUUGUCACACAGCUUACGGCAGGUGGGGAAUUCAGACACCGUAACAUAUAGCAGUUAGCUAGCAGGCUAAUGCAGAGCUAAGGUAUCUCAGGAGAGAGACGAUGUCUGCAGUUUGGACGUAUUUCUAACGGGACAGCGAAAGCUGUCCAACAGCCACUUGUAGUGUGUGCUUAUUGUUUAUUCCACGUGGUGGAAAGACGGAGCUGCAUUCAACACUACAAAUGUGAUACCCCACCUUAAAACAAACGUCUUUUGGCUUGUCCCUUCAGACGUCACCACAGCAAAUCACCUGUCGGCAUUUAGUUCUUGUUUGCCACCUGGGUCGGGUUACUGCAGCAAACGGCAGGUUUUGCUGUCUCCUGGAGCUGCGGUAUGAGUUUCCUUCACAUCACUACUUUAAGCAUAGCUUUCAGAUGUUGUGCAUAGAAGAACCUGCUGGCCGUGAGGUGCCUGCCCUGUUGCAGGAAUGUACAUCGCUCACUUCAGCCACAUACUGUUCCAACAAUUUAAAAUAUGAGCGACGAGGCUACUUUUAAAUAUAUUUGCAAAAUUAACAUGUGUCUUAUCAAUGUACUUCCUGAAUGAGUGAUGUUUGUGACACAGAAAUCAUUCAAAAAAUAAAGGACAACUUGGAUCUGUC